AUGCUGAAUGCCAAACCUUUAAAGCUUCCUAUGGACAGUCACCUAAAGUUAACUGCUGACAAGGGUGAUAUUAUUUCUGAUCCUAGUCUGUACCAAAGACUGCUUGGCAAACUAAUCUAUCUCUUUAUUACAAGGCCUGAUAUUGCCUUUUCUGGCAUUUUACUUGCAUCAAGUUCUGUUGCUACUCUUACAGCUUAUUGUGACAAUGACUGGGCUGGUUGUCCUAUGACUCGAAGGUCUACAACUGGAUGUUGCAUAUUCCUAGGUGAUUCUCCUAUCUCCUGGAAGGCUAAAAAGCAACAUGUCACUGCCAAAUUUUCUGCAGAAGCAGAAUACAGGGCAAUGGCUUUGACUACCUGUGAAGUUACUUGGCUUACAACUCUUUUACAAGAUCUAGGCUUGAAGAAUUUGCCCCCAACUGUGUCAAAUGUGACAAUCAAGUUUCUCUUGCUAUUGCUGCUAAUCCUGUUCUACAUGAACGCACUAAACAUGUAG